AACCCCAACCUCCCUCUGUCAGUUUUAGGAGAAAAUGUUUCCCGGGUUUUUGUUAAUCUGAUGGGUACUUCUGUUUGGCGGUGCUAAAAUUAAAGUGCGCAUGGUGUAACAGGACUCGGACUCGGAAGUCCAAGCUUCUCUCAGCAGAAUCUGGUGUAUUUACUUUGGACAAUUGUUACCCGGGCUCAAGCCUCUUUCCCCGCGCUCUGGCAGCUCGAUAGAACGCGGCGGCGGCCGGCGUUGCCAUGGUGACACAUUGUCUCCGCUCUCGCGCCCUGAGCUGUGUCCCCGGUGCCAGGCUCCUUACUCGGUGCAAGCCCAGACUGGUGCUGGGCAUAGAGACCAGCUGCGAUGACACUGGAGCGGCUGUGGUAGACGAAACAGGGAAUAUCUUGGGAGAAGCCUUAUAUUCUCAGAAAGGAACUCAUCUCAAGGCAGGUGGGAUAAUUCCAACAGUAGCUCAAAAGCUACACAAAGAACACAUUGAAAAAGUGGUGCAAGAAGCUGUAGAUAAUAGUGGAAUCUCUCCUUGUGAACUAACAGCAAUAGCAACUACCGUAAAACCAGGACUUGCGUUAAGCUUGCAAGUGGGUCUAGAGUACAGCUUAAAACUAAUAGAGCAAUAUAAGAAACCCUUUAUUCCAAUUCAUCACAUGGAGGCACAUGCAUUGACUGUUAGAAUGCUGCACUUGGUGGAAUUUCCCUUCCUAGUCCUCUUGGUUUCUGGUGGCCACAGUUUGCUGGCCAUUGCCCGUGGUGUCUCUGACUUUCUUCUUCUCGGACAGACGUUGGAUGAAGCCCCUGGAGACACAUUAGACAAGGUUGCAAGAAGAUUAUCACUCAAAAAUCACCCAGCCUGCUGUACAAUGAGUGGGGGUGAAGCCAUUGAAUAUUUGGCUAAAAUGGGAAACCGAUUACAUGUUGAAUUAACGCAGCCUAUGAGCCAACACCUGGAUUGUGAUUUUUCCUUUUCUGGUCUCCGCAAUCAAGUCAAUCAAAUAAUUGUCAAAAAGGAAAAGGAAGAAGGUUUCCGGGAGGGACAGAUAUUGUCCUGUGUAAAUGACAUUGCUGCUGCUGUACAACAUACAGUGGCUGCUCACCUAGCAAAGCGAACACAUCGAGCCAUUCUGUUCUGUAAGAAGGAAGGUUUGUUGCCUCAACCAAAUCCACCCUUGGUGGUUUCAGGGGGUGUAGCCAGUAAUGAAUACAUCAGGAAAGCUCUCCAGAUAGUAACUGAGGCAAAUGGAUUCUCACUGCAUUGCCCUCCUCCGAAACUUUGCACAGACAAUGGCAUCAUGAUUGCUUGGAAUGGUAUUGAGAAACUUCGAGCAGGAGUUGAUAUUGUACAUAAUCCAAAAGGAAUUCGCUAUGAGCCAAAAGCCCCUCUGGGAAUUAAUUUUUCAGAACAAGUCAAGAAAGCAGCCCUCAAAGUUCCUUACCUUAAAUUAAAGAUAUGAUUAAUAGGGCUUCUCUGGGGUGUGUCACUUUAGGGAACAAAGCAUUGGUCAGAACUCAGGAAACUCCACUGUGCUUUAUUUUAAAUUAAAUAUAUGGAUAUUGUAUUACACAACAUUAUAAAUUGCUGAUUUAACAAAAUGUGCGUAGUUGAAAUGUCAAAAAUUCAAUGAGGAUAUUCACUCAAUGAGUGAAAAUUCUGAUAUACAAGAAGUCAUGAGCAAAUAAACAGUAUUUAAUCUAGCCUAGCAAAAUCCUUGUGGCAUUGCUCAUUGUAAUUACGACACUUUGUUGAAGACACAGGGAAAUUAAACUCGUACACCAUUUUUACAAAGAAGGAAGUCAAAUCUUUUAAGUGAGACAUUCAAAGGUUACAAUUAAAUGGAUAAAAAAACCUCAGGUGGCAGAUUAUGUACACGAAUUCUACAGAACUGUGUGUGGUUUGUGAAUACAUCAGUAUGUUGUCAAUAGGGGAAAUGGAGAAAUCAAAAGGAGAAUCAAACAGGUCUGGUUAAGAAAAUUGUUGAGCAGGUUUAAUGAGCCAAAUGGCUUACUCUUGCUCAUAUAUUCUAUACUUUUUCAUAGGGAAGGAGAUGGGGGAACUCGCCACUGAAUUGUUUUUGGACAACCCUCAGCAGCCAACUAAAGAGCAUAAUUGGUGAAGGCUUGGAAGUAGGCCUCUAAGCCUAUCCUGUUAGCUGAUUGUGGUGAAAAGAAAGCAAGGAAAACAAAAAAAAUGCUACAAUACUACCUCAAUGUGAUGCUUUGUGAAGAGCUCUGCAUAACCAUCUCCCAUUAGCAGAUUUUUGGGAUAAAUCAAUGUAUAAAUUAAAUUUAUAUCCUUUUCUCA